UUUAUUAAAAAUGAAUUGGCUAUAUUUUCUUCUAUUUUUCUGCUUAUUUGGAAUAAAAAAUUCUUUUGGUUAUUUUAUUCAUAUUGAUGCAAAUGAAGAAUUGUGCUUUUUUGAUAGAGUAGUUUCUGGAACUAAAAUGGGUUUAAUGUUUGAAGUUGCGGAGGGUGGAUUUCUUGAUAUUGACGUUAAGAUUGUUGGCCCGGAUAAUUCAGAGAUUUAUAAAGGUGAACGUGAAAGCUCAGGAAAAUAUACAUUUGCUGCUCAUAUGGAUGGUCCGCAUACUUAUUGUUUUAGUAAUAAAAUGUCUACUAUGACUCCAAAGGUUGUUAUGUUCUCAAUGGAUAUUUCUCAACCUAAUGCCCACACUCAAGAAGCUGAUGGAAAAAUUGAUGCUGAUGGUCAAAAACUUGAAGAAAUGAUUAGAGAACUUUCUGCAAUGCUUACAGCAGUAAAACAUGAACAAGAAUAUAUGCAAGUUCGUGAUAGAGUGCAUCGUUCAAUAAAUGAGAAUACAAACAGCCGCGUUGUAAUUUGGGCAAUUUUUGAGGCAAUUUUGCUUGUUUCUAUGACUAUUGGACAAAUUUAUUAUUUAAAACGAUUUUUUGAAGUUAGAAGGGUUGUUUAA